AAGAUUGAAACAAAAUUGAGAAGAGGGCCGUCCUCUUCUUCAUGUGCUAUAUUGUCAUAAAAAUUCGAAAAAUAAUAAUUAUAAAAUUAAAUUAAAAAUUGAUAAAAUAAAAAUAAAAAUAAAAAUUUCAUCUUUAUCUAUUUGAGGUGUAAUUGUUUUUUGCUUGAGGAGAGUUUUAUUGAAGGUCGAGCCUCAUCACGAGGCCAUUUUUAUUUCAUAGUACAAUUACAAAUAAACAUUUAUAGAAAAAAAAAAUUAUUUAUUUAUUAAAAGAAAGUCAGAAAGAAAUUAUUUUUAUUUAUUUAUUUAAUUAUUUAAUUUAUGUGUGAGAGAGAAAGAUGAUGUAGUAGUAGUGGUAGUGAAAACCCAAGCCCCAAACCUUUCUUUCUUCUUCUUCUUCUUCUUCUUCAUUUUCAAUAUCCCCAAAAUGCUCAGAUUCUUAAUCUCUCCAACCUAUUAACCUUGAAACUCCAUAGAUUUGAUCUCAAAUUUAAAGAAAGGAACAAUCUUUACGAAUUUCAGAGAAACCCCAGAAAGGAAAAGCCAUGAAAAGGGAACAUCCGAAUCAGAACAAUGGUUCUGUAGACCCUUCAAUGGAUCCUAGCUCAAGUGGUACAGGAGCUGGAAAAGCUGCUAAAAUAUGGGAUGAAGAUGAUAACUGUUGUGGUGGACAACCAGACGGUGGUAUGGAUGAACUUUUAGCUGUUUUGGGUUAUAAAGUUAGGUCAUCUGACAUGGCUGAAGUUGCUCAAAAGCUUGAACAGCUUGAAGAAGCUAUGUGUAGUGUUCAACAAGAUAAUCUUUCACAACUUGCUUCUGAUACUGUUCAUUAUAAUCCUUCUGAUUUAUCGACAUGGUUGGAAAGUAUGCUUACAGAGCUUAAUCCUUCUCCUCCUAAUUUUGAUUCUGUAAUGGUACCACCACCACCACCACCACAAUCACAACCUCAAAGGCCUUCGAUUAUUGAAGAAACUUCUUACUUAGCUCCAGCUGAAUCUUCAACCAUAACUUCUAUUGAUUUCCCAGAUCAGAGAAAUCAAAACUCGUUAGUGUUUGAAGAUUCAUCUUCUUCAGAUUACGAUCUCAAAGCUAUUCCAGGUAAAGCUAUUUACAGUAAUCAAACCCAUUUUGAAACCACUUCUUCUUCAAGAGAAUCAAAACGACUCAAACCCUCUUCAGAAACUUACACUAACGACGUCGUUUCAAACCAAAACGAUAACUCAACUCGUUCUGUUAUCCUUGUCGACUCACAAGAGAACGGAAUCAGACUCGUUCAUGCUUUAAUGGCUUGCGCCGAAGCCGUACAGCAAAACAAUUUCAACAUAGCCGAUGCUUUAGUGAAACAGAUCAAUUACUUAGCUAUGUCUCAAGCCGGCGCGAUGAGGAAAGUAGCUACCUUCUUCGCUCAAGCCUUGGCUCGAAGAAUCUUCAGACUUUACCCAGAAAACCCAUUAGACCAUUCCUUAUCGGAAUUUCUUCAGAUGCACUUUUACGAGACUUGUCCGUACCUCAAAUUCGCUCAUUUCACCGCGAAUCAAGCUAUUCUCGAAGCUUUUCAAGGCAAGAAGAGAGUUCACGUCAUCGAUUUCUCCAUGAAUCAAGGUAUGCAAUGGCCGGCUCUGAUGCAAGCUUUGGCUCUAAGACCAGGCGGUCCACCAGCUUUCCGUUUAACCGGAAUCGGACCUCCGGCACCGGAUAACUCAGAUCAUCUACAAGAAGUGGGUUGGAAAUUAGCUCAAUUAGCAGAAACGAUUCAUGUCGAAUUUGAAUAUCGAGGGUUUGUGGCUAACAGUUUAGCAGAUCUCGAUGCUUCGAUGCUUGAACUCAGACCGAGUGAGGUCGAAUCGGUGGCGGUUAACUCAGUAUUCGAGCUUCACAAGUUGUUAGCUCGUCCUGGAGCCAUAGAUAAGGUUUUAUCUGUGGUCAAACAAAUGAAGCCGGAGAUCGUCACCAUUGUUGAACAGGAAGCUAACCACAACGGACCAGUCUUCGUCGACCGAUUCACGGAAGCUCUUCACUAUUACUCAACGCUUUUUGACUCGCUUGAAGGAUCGGUCAACGGUCAAGACAAGAUCAUGUCGGAGGUUUAUUUGGGGAAACAGAUAGCGAACGUGGUCGCCUGCGAAGGACCAGACCGAGUCGAAAGACACGAGACUCUGACUCAGUGGCGAACUCGGAUGGAAUCGUCCGGGUUUUCUCCUGCUCACCUCGGAUCCAACGCUUUCAAACAAGCCAGUAUGUUGUUAGCCCUCUUCGCCGGCGGCGAUGGCUACCGCGUCGAGGAGAAUAACGGUUGUCUCAUGUUGGGUUGGCAUACGAGACCGCUCAUCGCCACUUCCGCUUGGCAACUCGCAGGGAAAAGACUCAGUGCCGCUCACUGAGUCACGCAAACGAGUCGAAGCGGUUAACCGGGUCGGGUUUUCCGACCCGCCCGAUUCGUAUAAGUUUGCCCCGCAUUCUGGGUUUUGUUUUGUUUUUGUUUUUUUUUUAACAGGAAAAAAUGUGUUAUUUUCUGAGCUGGGUGCCUUGCUGAGACUAAGGCCCACAACAAGACCCAUAAUUUUACCCUUUUUUUUUUUUUUUGAGUUUGUUUUAAUUUUAUUUAGGUAAUUUUUUAGGAGUUUUUUUUUUUCUUUUUUAUGGUUGGAUGAAAUCUUUCUUUUUUUUUGUAAUUUUCUUUAUGAAUGGAAAAAAAAAAAAAAGCUAUGUUUAUUGAUGUUUAUAUAAA